GUUCAGUUAAAGUCAAGAUGCCUGUUGGAACUAAACUUAUUGUUCUGCUCCAUAUAGUCCUGGCGCUGGGGUCUCGGGCAGCGCAUGCCAAUCCUGCCGAGGAACGUGCAGCAAGAACGAAAAACGAUAUUUACGACUGGAUCUCAGGCAUAUUGGGGGACUAUGACAGCGACGAAAGCGAUUCGAAGGAAUAUUUAAUCUGUCGCAAUUGUACGGUUAUUGUGGGUCAGGCGAAUGCGACAGCCGCACCCACAAUGGUAGCACCCACGCCAGCUCCACCUGCAGCAGUUGCACCUACACCAGCUGCUGCUGGUGCUGCUCCAGCGCCAUCUGCAGCGCAAACUCCUGCUCAAGCUCCAGCUCCGACCCCAGGCCCAGCUUCAGCUCCUGCCCCAGCUGCGGCUCCAGCUCCAGCUCCUGCCUCGGCCUCAGCUCCAGCCCCAGCUCCUGACACAGCUGCAGCCCCAGCAACAGCUCCUGACACAGCUCCAGCCGCAGCUCCAGCUCCAGCCUCAACUGAUGGUUAAUUUAAAUAUUUCUACCUGUUUAUUAACUUGGCCCUUUUCCACUGACGACUGAAAGGAGUUUCCAAAUGAUCUAUGCACUUACAAUUAAGAUUUCGUUCAAGGGAUUUGGUAUACGAAUUAAGUCUGCAACGUGCUGAAACACAUUUGCUUAGUGCUGUUUUAAGCAUCUUGGUAAACGGUUAAAACUCUUUCUAUUUACCAAAAAAAAACUAAGCUACAGAAAUUUCUCUACAUUGUAGAACAAGAAACUGCUUCUAAAUUCACAAAAUGUCUUCUAAAACUUUCUCAUAUUUGGAAAAAAAA